AUGACAUUCAUUACCCGAUGACUAUUCUCAACCAACCACAAAGAUAUCGGAACUCUGUACCUAAUCUUCGGCGCAUGAGCCGGAAUAGUAGGUACCGCCCUAAGUCUUCUCAUUCGAGCAGAACUGGGACAACCAGGAGCUCUUCUAGGAGACGAUCAAGUAUACAACGUAGUCGUUACAGCCCACGCCUUCGUAAUAAUUUUCUUCAUAGUUAUGCCAAUUAUGAUUGGAGGAUUUGGAAACUGACUAGUUCCCCUAAUAAUUGGAGCACCGGACAUAGCAUUCCCACGAAUAAACAACAUAAGCUUCUGACUACUACCUCCAUCUUUCCUUCUUUUACUAGCAUCCUCUACAGUAGAAGCAGGUGUAGGUACAGGCUGAACAGUGUAUCCGCCGCUAGCUGGUAAUUUAGCCCACGCCGGAGCCUCAGUAGACCUAGCAAUCUUCUCCCUACACCUAGCCGGCAUCUCCUCAAUCCUAGGCGCAAUCAACUUUAUCACAACAGCAAUCAACAUAAAACCUCCUGCCCUCUCACAAUACCAAACCCCUCUGUUUGUUUGAUCCGUACUAAUCACUGCAGUACUCCUACUUCUAUCACUGCCAGUCCUAGCCGCAGGUAUUACAAUGCUUCUCACAGACCGUAACCUCAACACUACAUUCUUCGACCCCGCGGGAGGAGGAGACCCAGUACUAUACCAACACCUCUUCUGAUUCUUCGGACACCCAGAAGUGUAUAUCCUAAUCCUGCCAGGAUUUGGAAUCAUCUCACACGUCGUAACCUACUACGCAGGAAAAAAAGAACCAUUCGGCUACAUAGGAAUAGUAUGAGCCAUGCUAUCUAUUGGCUUCCUGGGCUUUAUUGUCUGAGCCCACCACAUGUUCACAGUAGGAAUGGACGUCGAUACUCGAGCAUACUUCACAUCUGCUACAAUAAUCAUUGCCAUCCCAACAGGCAUUAAAGUAUUCAGCUGAUUAGCCACCCUCCACGGAGGAACAAUCAAAUGAGACCCACCAAUGUUAUGAGCCCUAGGAUUCAUCUUCCUAUUCACCAUUGGAGGACUAACAGGAAUCGUACUAGCAAACUCUUCACUAGAUAUCGCUCUACACGACACUUACUACGUAGUAGCUCACUUCCACUAUGUCCUGUCAAUAGGAGCAGUAUUCGCAAUUCUAGCUGGCUUCACACACUGAUUCCCCCUGUUCACCGGAUACACCCUUCACUCAACAUGAGCUAAAACACACUUCGGAGUAAUAUUCGUAGGCGUAAACUUAACCUUCUUCCCCCAACAUUUCUUAGGCCUAGCUGGAAUGCCACGACGAUACUCAGACUACCCAGACGCCUACACACUAUGAAAUACCAUCUCCUCAGUAGGAUCCCUUAUCUCCCUAACAGCCGUAAUCAUACUAGUAUUCAUCAUCUGAGAAGCCUUCGCAUCCAAACGCAAAGCCACACAACCAGAACUAACAAGCACUAACGUUGAAUGAAUCCACGGCUGCCCGCCUCCAUUCCACACCUUCGAAGAACCUGCCUUCGUCCAAGUUCAAGAAAGG